UCUUCCCCUCACCCCCCCACUGCCCAGAGACGAGCCCCGGAGAAGAAAUCAACUAAGACGAUGUGGAAGGGACCAGUUCUGCUCUUGUUUUUGGGAAGCGCAUCGCUCUGGAUCGCGGCCGAAGGAGCCCCCACAGCCCAUCCAGAGGAUCACAUUGUUACCACAGGUAUUGAAGAUGGCAUGGAGACAACAGGUGCAGAAGAUAACGAUGUGACACCAGGGGUCACUGAAGAGCCCAAUGGCUCUACGAGCUUACACAGUCUGGUAACAACAAGUCCAGAGAGAAUAACUGACAUGCACAUAGAAGAUCAGUCAACUGUGGAAGGCACAACUCAGACUCAAGAAGAGAGCCAGAUCACCACAACCAUGAGUAUGGUCACUAGUCACAGUCACAGUCACAGUCACAGUCACCCCACAGAGAAAGUGGAUGAAGAGACAGAGACGAUUGUUGAGAAAGAUGGCUUGGCGACAGCAACCCUGAUUGGAAUCAUAGUUGGGGUCUUACUAGCCAUUGGAUUUAUUGGUGGCAUCAUCUUUGUGGUUGUGAGAAAAAUGUCAGGAAGGUACUCGCCCUAAAGAACUGAAGGAUUGUACCCUCCAACCAACAUAUUUAAAAAAACAUUUUCUUCAACUCUCCUCAUCCCUGAGAAUGUGGGAGAAGAUGACCCAUGGAAAUGCUUGCCCCUCCCUCAAAAUCCAUGGUGAUCCCUCCUCUUGCCAAAAGCAACCGAAGAAAAGAUGAUUCUCCAGACUUGCUCCUCUCAGCAUUUGUCUUUUGAAAUUUUUUUAAAUAAAAAUUUUAUAAAAGAUGAUUUAAAAGGCAAAAUGCAUAGAAAAGGGGCAAAACUGUAAAUUGAUUUAUAACUAAGAUUAGACAAUAUAAUUCAAUCAAUGUUUAAUCAUGUCUUCAUUCUGACCAUUCUGUUAUUGUUAAAAUGCAAGGGAAUCUGAAAAAUAUUUAUAGAGUGUCCUUGAGUCUAGUGCUUUGUCAGUAAAUGGCAUAAGCAUUUUUGCAAUAUCUGAUCUCUUGAAAUGUACACAUUCCAGUCGCGUUUACUCUAUUUUUGAAGUCUCAUUUGGUGUAAAUAAUCAAGCAGAAAAAUCUAAACUUGGAUAAUAUAGAAUGAGCAACUGUCUUCCAUUGGUCAGCAUAAAUCACUUCAAAGGCAUCCAUUUUGGGCCAUAAACAGGAAAUUGAUACUUUGGAGGAAACUUUUUGUUUCCACAAUAAGGCCAUAAAUUGGUCUCUAGACUUGCUUUACUGCCUUCUCCAAUGAUGAUUUGAUGAUUCAGAGGUUUGCUCGCUGGUCCUCUUUCCAAUGAUGUAAGUCCUUUAUAUUUUGUUCUAGAAUGUGGACAGCUCAGUCCCAAAUGCCAAGGAAAUUGUCAGAGACCCAUAUUGUCACAAAUGCACAAGUGUUUCAAAAACCUAGAGCCAUGGUGGUCCCCACACAGUCCCCAAACGAUGCUUGCCUCUAGCAUGAGGGAUAGAAUCUACUAGUUUUUAGACAUUCACUUCUUGCCACAGAGAAAAGAUCUGGGAAGCAAAAAUAAAUUUGUAAAAUACUAACUUUUUAUAGCAGCUACAUUUAGAAACUUGAUUUUAAAAUAAAAGGUAUUCCCGGUCUAAAUGAUAGGCCACGCAUUUCGGGGGAGUCAUAAUUAAAAAGAUCUAAAUAAAGCAGCACACGCUGCUGUUCUGUAUUGGUACCAUCCAACCCAGUGCAACCCUUCUCCUUGUCACCAGAGAUCAAUCGAAUUCUUUUUCCUAAACAGCAAGUUUUUCCAUUGAGCAGAUGCUUUGUCAUGAUUGUGGCUAUGUAAAUCUGAUAACUUCUAAAUUUUUGUGGUUUAUGCUACAAGAGUAGAAUAUAAGACAAGUUAGAAAGUAUUGUCUGUUCCUCCCAUUUUGCACUUUGUGCAGUAAUAAGUGGAUGUUGUAUGUCCUUGGGUGACCUUCGUCCACCUGGACCUCCAACCCAAGUACCAUAUUUGAAUAUAACCGAUUCAGAGAUGGGGUUUAGAAGAAUCGUCUGAGUUAAAUAACCUUGUGUUUCAUCAGAUUCCUGAACAGUUGUUAGGAAUAAUGUUCAUUUCAUCUUUCUGAUUUGUCACACCCCAGCCCCGCCCCUUGUUGUGAAAAAUAAUAGUUCAUCCCAAGUCAUACACUGGACCCACUCACUGCCUGCUGGGACGGGACUGUGGGUUUCUUGGUCACAUCUGUGUUGGUGCUCAAUACAGUGUAGACAUGUUUUAAAAUAAAACAGAUGACUG